GAGACUCCAUCUACAAGAAAAAAUGUGAACAACUACGACAGGAACUGGAAGUUACUAAGAAACGUCUUCAACAGGAACAUGAGGAAGAGAUUGAGACCCACCUUACUGCCAAAAAAACAUUGAAUAAAAGGCUUUCUGAAGCACUAGAGAACAUAGAAGAGGAGCGACAAAUAAGUAAACAAUGGCGGAGAAAAGCAACUCAACUCGGACAGGAAUUGCAGGAAGUCAAGAUUUUAUUGCAAGAAGAAGUCGCUCGUAUGACUGAGCUAGAUAAAAAAGGGAAAAAGUAUUAUGCUGAUCUUAAUACUGUUUACCAACAACUUGAAGAGGAAAAGUAUUUAAAGGAAAAAUUAAUGAAAGAGAAAGACCAAGUCAUUUCUAAGCUGUCUGACUUGCAGAAGGACUUGUUGCAGCUGGAGCAGCUGAAGAGAACAAAGCAGCAGCUGGAAUGGCAAAUUAGAGAUCAACAAGAGGAAAUGGAGGACAUGACGUCACGGAUGCAACUGAUGGAGCAGGCCAAAGUAAAGCAGGAUAAGGAGCUGGAAAAGCUACGACAGGAGACUGAAAAGGAGAUUUCUGCUAGAGAGGAAGAACUAGAGGAGAUCAAAGCUUCUGCGACCAAAAGA